CAAUUUACUUCCUGUAUUUUUCCCCACAUACCUUGGACACCAUCAACAAUCUAGCUGUUGCAAAAAUUCUUUUGGGUCCUGCGUACCAUGGCUACAAGGCCAUCACAUGAUAAUGUAAUCAAUAGCCUAGGUGUCAACAUGGCUUCAGCACUGGACCAAAUAAUGACAAUCCAAGAGCAGUCCUAUGACGAAUUUCUGGAUGGGUUUACAUACUUAAACAAAGAUGAACUGAAGAAAGAGAUGGUCAAUCCAGGAAGAAAGAAACUGGAGAAACCAUUGACAAGCAAGACAAAGAAUAACAAAAACAAAGGAAAAGAAAUAACAAAACCAUUGUUAGAGGAUAAAAGUAAAGCAAUCUUAAAAGAAAAUACAGAUGAUGAAUUGGAGGAAGAGUUACUUGAAGAUGGUGAAAAGACCAGCAUCAUGUCACAGAAGUCACCAACUGGGUCUGAUGUUACAAGCAAGCUUAAGUUUGAUAAUUUUGUGAUGGAUUGCAUGGAGAAUGAGGAGGGUGAUUCUGAUGAACCAGAGGAGGAUUUUAUGUCAGGAGGAUACCUGGCCAGUUUCAGUGCACAGGACAAUAAAGUGUCCUCAAGCAAGGCCUGCUCAGAAGGAAAUUCUAAGGAAAAUAAGCUGCCAGUGUCUGAUGAGGAAACAGAAGACAUUGACAACCUCCUUCAAGACAACAGUGAUAAGUCAAGAGUCCUUAACAUUCCCUCUAAAUCCCAGAACACUGAUUUCCCAAUCAAGGCUUCUGAUCAAGGAUGUGUUUCCAUUGAGAAAACCAAUUCACUCCUUGACUCCAAUAACCCAGUGAGUGAACUUGAUCUACAGAGGGAGUGUGCACAGUGUUCAGAACAGCUAAGUAGUGAAGACAGAGUGGGAGCACCUCCCUCCGAUUCGUUGUUAAAUCCUGGAGAAGUGGAGGAUCCUGGAUCUCCCAGUGCAAUUCAGAUGGAAAACAAGGAGCGGAUUCUAGACUUUUCUGCCACCUACAGAACAGAGGUGCUACUAACUGAGGAAUCAGUAGAGGAGUGUUCCAAUGAAGUGACAGCUUUUUGCUUGGAUGAGGACUUUGAUUAUGACAAUGUUGUUUUGACUCCCAAAUUCACAGCAGAGGAGAUGGAAUUUCUAAAGAGUUGUAAAACUUAAUAUAUAUAUGUGUUUUAUGUGUAUGUAAUAAUUGUAGGAGAUCUCAAAAAUUAAAGUCUUAGUAUCUUGUUUAAA